CUCCAGAGUGGGCUGACCACCUGUGGCCUGUCCUGAGGGCAGAGCCUAAAUACUAAUAUUUUGUGAUCUAACCAAAAUGUCUAUGCAUUUAUUUGAAAAUUAAAAUAGUCAAGUCAAGCAGUGUUUAUUCCUGACUCUUAGUUUCACAGAUUUAGAAAAACAUUGUACAGAUUAGAUAAAAUUAAAUGAGCACAAUAUGACAUGCUUAAAGCAUAAGAGACAAAAUAAUCAUGAAAACAAAAACAGAUGCACAGAGAUUUAUUUUCAUGUAUCACAUAUAUUGUCACAUCACACAUUUUUUGCAAAAAUAUAUAUAUUGUGAAACUAAUUGAAUAUCUGUUGUAUCUAAAGUAACAUUUUAAAUGGCAAUGGUCGUAGUGUUUUCUUUAAAAGCCUCUCUAACAUCAGUUAGCCACAUGGCCACCCUCCUCUGAACGUGUCAUUAAAUCAUGGACAAUCUGUUAGAGCAGUGGCACGUGCAGGGGGGGGGGGGGGGGUCUGAAAUGCCCAAAGUGCCAUUUUUCCUGUCGUUCGUCAGAUUUUACCAUACAAAACUGUUAUACUGUGAUACAUAUCAGGCACUAGGAUCAUGCGGAGGCAGCCGCCUCAAGCUGAAGCCUAUUUUCCCUUAGACCCGCCUACAAGCUCACUGAUUGGCUCCGCCGCAUCAUACUAACGUGUGACUGGUUGUCCUUGCUGUCGCUCUACCUUGUAGCCAUGGAGACGACGAUGCGGUGGACAGUCGAACAAGGUAUCCCGAACACUCUAGAGACCACCCUUUAAGAUGCUCCGCUUGCCAACCCGAAAAGAAACACCAGGGUAUCAAUUGUGGCACUCCAAUGACGCCGAUCAUUGGUUCAGCAGAUUCAGCAGCACUGAAAGCAGGGCAGAAUCAGCAGCAGAUGAUAUGUCAGCAGGUGUCCCCUCACAACCCAGUGAACCUCAAGAAGGGACAUCGCAGUGAAGUGUGUAAGACUGGCUGGGCUGAGCUCAAACUUAGCGCCCUUGGAAGCAGAAGGAGUUUUCACUGUGUCAUAAUGCGAGGUGAAAGAAGGAGAGGAUUAAAGUUGCACCAGUCGAAGCUCUCUGCAUCUUGCGUGGUUAUUCCAAGUGGGCCGCUACAGUGAAAACUCCGUGGCUGCAACAGAUCUGCCAUCCCUGCAGAGAAGCUGACGCCAUCUCAUCUGAGAUCCAGCUACCAACCUGUUCCCAGUCACCUAACUCCGCUCGCACUCACAUCCAUCACAGGCAAGAUCAAAACUGGAGCAAAGGAACUAUUUACGCUCAACCAAGCUUGCAGCGUAAUUUAAGUGCCUUAAACACCAACAUAAUAUGUUGAGGUCAAAAUAAUUUGUGAGCUGGUUGCCAACAUAUAACUCUGAAAUUGGUGAAUAUUUCAAGAUCGAUGGCACGUGGAAUAAUAAUUCAUGACAUGUCUGUUUAUGAAAGGGUUUAAAAGGUGAAGCUCUUUAACUAUUAAUAUAGAGUGCUCAUUUAUGACAUUUUGUGGUUACUGUUUUAUGCUAAAAAUCCUUUUGAAUGUCCAUAAUCUGUAAAUGCUUGAUAAAUAUUACUCUGUGGUAAAGGAUAACUACAGCUUAUAGGUGUGAAUUCGAGCAUAGGACAAUCAAAAGCCACGCUAUACUCAAAGCAGUUGCAUAAACAAACAAGAUGUCACUCCCAACAGAGGAAACAGACAAUCCCACAGACACGCCACUCAAGUCUAGCUCACGUGAGAGAAAGCUAACAGAGAAAGGCCAAGAGAUGCAUGACCAAGACGUCAAAAAGCGUGAAAAAACAUUUAAAAAAGCCUAUAACGCUUGGAAGCUAGUAGCAAGGGAGACAAGGACAAAAUUAAAAACCCUUUGCUCAUUAGAAGACCUCAAUAAAUUACACGAAGAUAUUCAGGCAAAGUAUGGUGCUGUAAAACUACAGUAUGAGUCUAUUCUACGUAACAGCGACACAAUGCCAGAGAUUGUCAAAAAAAAAUGGAUGCCUGUGGUAUGCUGACAAAGGAAAUUUGUGAUCUCAUAAGCAACCGUCUAGAGACUAUUGAUGAAGAUUAUAAUGAUCAACUUGAAAAAGAAAGAGUAAGAGAAAUAUUAAACAAAAAUGAAUAUGGGUCUGUCUUUGGUCCAACUAAAACUGAAACUGUAAGUUCAUUUGAGUCAUUAGAGAAAUCAAGCAAACACUCAGCCAGUACCCACAGCGGUAGAGUAGAUGCAGAAGCAGAGCUUGCUGCUAAGUUGGAGCAAUCAAAGGCCAUGGAAGAAAUUCAAGCACAACAAGCACAUCUUCACAAGUUAGAAAGUGAAUGGAAACUUAAAGAGGCAAAAAUGUUGUCAGAAAUGAAACAAAGAGGUGAAAAUGCAACAACAGUUGGAACAAGAGAGAGCAAAACUGCAACUGUUACAAGCAGAAAAAGAGGUCGCUAUAGCAGCAGCUCGUGUGAGAGCAUAUGACAGUUUUGAAGAUUUUGAGAGCCACAAUGACGAAAUUAAGAACAAAACUAGCUCCGCUUAUCAUAGAAUACAAAUUGAACCUCCAUUGAAUCCAGAUGCUGCUUCAUUCCAACCUCACCAGGUAGCUCCUGAAAAGACAGUGACCCAGGAGUAUGUCAGUUUAGCUCAAGCAAUCGCCAGCUCAUUAAGUAUGAAUCGCUUGCCAGUCCCUGAACCCACCACCUUUAGUGGUGACCCUUUAAGAUUUACUGAUUGGAAAAUGUCCUUCAUGACUCUAAUUGACAGAAAACCACUCCCAGCGAGUGAGAAGAUGUUUUAUCUAAAAAAUUAUCUUGCUGGAGAGGCGCGCAAAGCUGUAGAAGGUUUCUUUUAUCGAGAUUCAGAGAAUGCAUACAACGGAGCAUGGAAUGUUUUACAAGACAGAUAUGGGAACCCAUUCAUCAUACAGAAAGCUUUCCGUGACAAGCUCAUGAAAUGGCCAAAGAUCAGCACAAACGACCCGCUAGCACUACGAGAGUUCGCCGACUUUCUCCAAAGCUGCACUGAAGCAACUCCAUAUGUCAAAGGACUAGCUAUCCUUAACGAUUGUGAGGAAAACCACAAGUUGCUCAAAAAACUGCCGGUAUGGAUCGUCCGAAAGUGGAGUCAAAUUGCUGUGGAUGAACUUGACACAUCUGGAAACUAUCCAGAUCUUGCAUGCUUCACAGAGUUCUUGAGCAAAGAAGCACGGAUAGCUUGUAAUCCUAUUACUUCUCCACUGUUGAUAAAUUUCAAACCUGUAGAUGAUAGAAUCCCAAAGAGAGUCAAAGCCUUCAACACAAACAUACAACCAAAGAGUUUCGCUCAGGAGAAACAAGAGACAAACAGCAGUAAACCAAAAUCACCUUGUUCUGUCUGUAAAAGUGAAGCUCAUGGCAUCACACAGUGUCCCACUUUCACAGCAAAGAGUGUUGAAGAUAAAAAGGCAUUCAUACAUGAAAAUCGACUCUGCUUUGGAUGCUUGAGAAAGGGUCAUAUGACCAAGGAUUGUAAGAGAUGACACACGUGCAAUAUAUGCAGCCGUCGUCACCCAACCUGCUUACACGAAGACAGGAAGCAAAACCCUGUGGAAGCAACAAUAAACAGCUCUACUUCCACAGAAGAACGUGCAAGUCAGGAAACACACAAUGUUGUGUCCCAUACAUUAACACAACACGCUUCUGCUACCUCAAGUAUCGUCCCAGUUUUUGUGUCUUCAGUACAAGAACCACACAGAGAAAUACUUACAUAUGCAAUACUGGACACGCAGAGUGACUCAACAUUUGUGUUAGAAGAUGUACUUGACAAACUGAAUGUGAACGUCCAGCCAGUACAGCUGAAACUUAGUACUAUGACAGCUAUUGACACAAUCAUAUCGAGCAAGACUGUUCGUGGUCUACAAGUUCGAGGAUUCCAUUCAAAGAGCUGCAUUCAACUACAGCAAGCCUACAGCCGUGAUUUCAUCCUGGUAGACAAGUCUUACGUUCCAACAAAGGAAACAGCAUUACUGUGGCCUCAUCUCCAAAACUUGGCAAAUAAGUUACCACCCCUCCAAGACUGUGAUGUAGGGCUCCUAAUAGGAUACAACUGUCCAGCAGCACUGGCUCCUCUUGAAGUUAUCUUAGGGGACAAAACCCAACCGUUCGCACAGAGAUCAGAACUAGGAUGGAGUAUAAUAGGCUCAUCAAACCCCCACCUAGACAGACAAGGAGGUCAAAGCUUUGUGCAUCGGCUAACAGUAAAAGAACUGCCAGUUCCAUCAGCGACAGAUGUUCUAAAGGCCCUGGAAUCAGACUUCAUUGAGAGAACUCAUGAGGAUAAAUAUGUGUCCCAGGAUGAUUUUCAUUUCAUACAGUUCCUCAGUAACCACAUCACACAGAAGGAGGACGGGCAUUAUGAAAUGCCUCUCCCUUUUAAAGGCAACAGUCUGCCCAACCUACCAAACAACAAGAGGCUAGCCACAGUUCGCUUACAGUGUCUUAAGAAGAAAUUAAAGGCCAACAAACAAUACUAUGAUCAGUACAAAACAUUCAUGGAAGAAACGAUUAACAAGGGUGAUGCAGAGCCUGCCCCCACAACAUCUGAGAGAGAGACAGAGUGGUACCUUCCACAUCAUGGCAUCUACCACCCCAGAAAACCGGAUAAAUUGAGAGUCGUUUUUGACUGUUCGGCCAAAUUCCAGGGUGUUUCGCUAAACGACACUCUACUAACUGGACCUGAUCUAAUCAAUCCUCUGGUAGGAGUACUUUGCAGAUUCAGGAAGGAAGCUGUAGCCAUCAUCUGUGAUAUUGAGGGAAUGUUUUAUCAAUUCUCUGUCACUCCUGAAUACAGGAAUUAUCUGAAGUUCCUCUGGUGGAAAGGUGGAGAUUUGGAGAAGGAACCACAGGAGUACAGGAUGGCGGUUCAUCUUUUCGGAGCUGCUUCGUCCCCUGGAUGUGCCAAUUUUGGCUUAAAGCAUCUAGCACGACAACACAAAGCUAGCUAUCCUCUAGCAUCAACAUUCAUGGAGAAAAACUUUUAUGUUGACGAUGGGUUAGUCAGCAUCCCAUCAAUUGAUGAAGCCAAGAAACUGAUCUCUGAGUCACAAGAGUUGUGCAAAAAGGGAGGCUUGCGCCUUCACAAAUUCAACUCGAAUGAAGAAGCAGCGCUCUCUUGCUUGAACCCUUCUGAAAGAGCAGCAAAGAUUGAGCCUCUAGGGUUUGAUCCAACCCCAUCAGAACGUGCGCUCGGCAUUCAAUGGUCGAUAAAAGAUGACACUUUCAGCUUUAACAUCAGCUUGAAAGAUCAGCCUUCAACUCGUCGUGGUUGUCUAUCUGUCAUCGCCUCUCUCUACGAUCCACUCGGAUUCAUCGCUCCUUUCAGCCUAAGUGGAAAACAUAUCCUUCAAGAGCUUUGUCACAGAGGCAUCGGAUGGGAUGCCCCACUCCCAGAAGAUGUGAAGCCACGGUGGGAGGAAUGGAUGAACGGUCUUCUCAAGUUAAUGGAGGUCUCAGUUCCGAGAUGUUACCACCCACAUGACUUUCAUGGCAUUGUCAGAGUAGAGUUACACCAUUUCUCAGAUGCCAGCUGUGUGGGAUAUGGUGCAUGUUCUUACCUCAGGUACAAAAAUGACAAGGAUGAAGUCCAUUGCAGUCUUGUGAUGGCGAAAUCAAGGGUCGCACCCUCAAAGGUCACAAGUAUCCCGAGGCUAGAACUCGCAGCAGCUGUGAUUUCGGCAAAGGUCAGUGUCGUGUUAAAAUGUGAACUUGACAUGAAAAUUGAUCAAGAAUUCUUCUGGACUGAUUCGCAAGUCGUGCUUGGGUACAUCAACAAUGAUGCUCGCAGGUUCCACAUAUUUGUUGCAAACCGUGUUCAACUGAUUAGAGAUAACAGUGAUCCUAAUCAAUUGCAUUAUGUGGACACCUCCGAAAACCCGGCCGACCACGCAUCCCGAGGUCUUCGUGCUUCAGACAUUCACUCAACGAACUGGCUGCGAGGACCAAAGUUUCUCUGGGAGCGUGAAUUACAUCUAAUGCCCAGCACUUCAACAGACUUACUCGUCGGUGAUCCUGAGGUCAAAACAAUUCAAGUACUUGCAGCUGAAACCAAUAACUGCAAUGACAUCCUCAGGCGUCUAAGUCAGUUUUCAUCAUGGACAACACUUGUAAAGGUAGUUGCAAGAAUCAAGAGACUGAGGUCUAAACAAACACAACGUAGUGAACAUGUGACUGUAGAGGAGCGUGAGAGAGCUGCUGAGUCAGUAAUUAAAAUCGUACAGCAGCAAGCCUUCUCCCAUGAGAUAAAAAUGCUUCAAGGUGGAAAAGACCUUUCAAACUCAAGCUCUCUCUUCAGUCUUGAUCCCUUCUGGUCUGAAGGACUUCUCCGCGUUGGUGGGAGAUUAAAACAGUAAUCUCUC